AUGGGUAACUUAGAGGGAGGGACCCGAGUUCGAAACGGACUGCGCCGAAACAAAACUGCACCGAAAACGAGAAUUUGGCGUAUCCUCCAGGUCACCAUUACGAACUUGAAGACUCCAAGGGAGGAAAUGCGAGCGACGACGAAGUCCGAACGUGACGGAGAGGAUCUGGACAAAGUCGCUCCAUCCAAGGGAGGCCGGACUGUAACUGACCAGAGGUUGCACUGGAGGACCAAGAAGCCUAGGUCAAUGGACCUCCUAGGAAUCUCUAGUCCUCCCGCGCAACUCUAUGGCAGUGCCGGUGAAGAUCCCUCUCUCUCUUCAGGUCCCAGGUGGCUUGGGUUCGAGCGCCAGUCCUUCAGUGGCGAGUUCCGUCUGGAGAAGGGCGACUACCCGCGUUGGGAUUCGGGGUCCAAUAGCCGUGCCAGUGACAGCCUCCUCUCCUCCGCGUUACCAUGUGAGAUGGUCCGGGCCACAAGAUCCACCUUUCGAAGCAGCGGUUACGGCGGCAGGAAGAUGGAGAUUGUGGAGGACGACGUCCCCAGUCUGGUCCAUGGCUUCCAGGACCGUGUCGCCAGCGUCAAGGCCCUGAAUGGGAUAUGGGUCGGAUACGAAUACCCCGGUUACCGCGGGCGCCAAUACGUUUUCGAAAAAGGCGAAUACCGCCAUUGGAACGAAUGGGAUGCCAGCCACCCUUUUAUCCAAUCCAUGAGCAGGGUUCGAGACCAGGAAUGGCACAAGCGGGGGAUCUUCGAAGAGAGCUAAGGAGCUAUUUGGGUUCGGCGGCGGCGGCGGCUAAUUUUCUCCGACACGAAAAUUACGGGAAGAUCCGAGAAAAUGACGAGCCUGUGUAUAAUAAACGAUCAAUAACGAUAUUGAGAAGUAAAUAAUCGAUCGUAACGGCGACGGAAGUAAAGUUAUACGCCGACGAUAGCAACAACUUUUAAUAGCAAUCUCAAUUAAACGUCAAUAAAAAAGGAUUGA